AUGGAUGAUUAAGUUGAUUGCUUAAUAAAUAUUUUGAAAGAAAUGACUUCACAUAAAUUUGAUAGCAAUACACUUUCAAACGAUUUAGAAGAUUUAUUUUUUUCUUAAGAAACUAAAUUUCUUUAUCAAAGCUUUUAGGCAAUUUAUUAAAUAUUAUUAUAUACAUCAGAAAAUAUCUUUGAAAUCAACGACACAGAAACGCUGAUUAAGCUGAAUAAUCAUUUAAAAUUCUUUAAAGAAUUUUGUAAUAUCCAUGCUGAGGGAAUUACCAACAAUAACAUAGGCAGUCUUCUGUUGGCUAAAGGCCAUCUUUUUUAGGCUCUUGAGUAUUUUGUGUAAUCUGUUGUAUGUGCAAGAUAUGAGAUUCAAUAGUUUUGUAAAGAAAAUCCUUACUCAUUUAGUGCUUUUUUACUUUCUGAGUUUGGAUAUUCAAAUAAUAUACAAGAAAUUAUAUAAGAAUAAUAUAAUAAAUUUCCAAUAAAAUUGAUAAAAGAAAAGAAAAAAAUCAGUGUGACUAAAUAGAGCUCUUAAAAAAUAGUAAAUUAAAUAGUUAAUAGAUUAAAAAAGUAAACAAGUAACUAUUCAUUAUCAGCUGAAGUAGAUCCAAGUUUAUUAGAAAAAUUAAAAUUGUACAAUUAAUUUUUAAAAUAAAACAAUAUUAUGGAACAAUAGAUUACUUUUGAAGAGUUUAAAGAUGAAUUAAAGGAAUAAAGAAUAUAUCUUUUGUAAAAUUUAUACUCAAGAAAUAGGAAUUUAACUAUAACUCUGCUUCUUAUUAAUGCUAUUUAGAAGAAUAGCUAUAAUUUUUGGAAUGAGGUAAUUGAGCAAUUGGACUUAUUAACAAGAGUAUCAGAGUAUCUCCCUUAAAAAGAAUUAUAAAAAUAUGAAAUAUUAAUUUUAAGAUACAAAGCUCUUUUUGAGUUAAAAAAAAUAAAAAAAUUAGAUUAUGUAGAAAAAUAGAUAGAAAAUAUUAUUCAAAAUUAUAAGCACUCAAAAGACUAGCUAUUAAAUAGUAAUUUCUUUAAAAAUAUUAAAUAGCAACAAUAAGCAUUUGUAAAUUAAAUCAAAUAAUUUCGUGAAAUUUCUAAUAGUUUUAUCAUUCCAAAUAACUCUAAAUAUAAGCAAAAAGAUCUAAGUCCAAUCUUGAGGAGUUAAAUCCCUACUUCAGACAAGAGAAAAUCCUAAUUUAUUAAAAAAAAUAUAUAUUUAAAUAUAAAUGAAACAUCUAAAGAUAUUUCAAUAGAGACUUAUAAUUAAAAUAACUCGAUUUAUUAAUUUAUUAUCAAAUUAAAUGAUACAAAAAAUAUUUUUCUUUAGAAUAAAAGUCUAAAUAACGGAUAACUGAAGAUUAACUUAUUAGAAAAUGAUUAUAGAAAUGACUUUUUAAACAAAGUUAAUGACAUUAUUAUAUACUCCAAGCUAAACCAAAAACUAGAUAUUCUUUUUGAAUUUAGAAAUAAUUUAGACUCAGCAGUUUAAGAUUACUAUUUAUUAAAUAAUUUCUACUCGCUAGAUAAUUUAAACUGUUUUUUUACAGUUUUUAAAUCUUAAUUCUUGGCAUAAAGUGGCUAAUUUAAGAAGGCUGCUGAGAUGUUAACAAGCUUAUUUGAAAAUAAAAAAUAAAUUAUAUCUCACGAAUCAGUUAAAAUUUGUAUGUAGCUCAAUGAAAUUUUUGCAAAAUCAAAAAUUCAAUCUAGAGAAUUUAAUGAAUUUUUUCAAAAAUUCGACAAUAACAUAUCAAUGUAAAUUGCUUUGAUAUUUGAUUUUUAGGACAAUAAUGAAUUAAUCUUUUAAUCAGUUUAACUCUUUAGUAAUCUCAUUAAUCAAGUUCUAAACUGGGCUCGAGAUCAGUUAGGAAUUAUAUUAGCAGAACAAAAUUAGAAGAUUGUUGAAGCUAUUAUACCUAUGAUGAAUAUUUAACAAAUCAAAUUUUUAUAAAACCAAAUUAUAAAAAGACUGAUGGAAGUAAUUAAUGGUGAUGUAAACUAACUUUUUGAAAAAUUAAGCUCAAAGAUAUAUGAAGAUAUUUGUCUUUUUGAUGAACAAAAUAAAUAGCAGUAAAAUGAUAGGGAAUCUUUAAUCAACUAAUUAAGCAUUUCUUAAUAAAGCUAAUAUAGUCCUAAAAUUACAAAAAAUUAUGCUCUAGAUAGUAUAUGUGAAGAGAAAUUACAUUUAAAAAAGGAAUAAGAUCAAUCUUAAAUUUCUUUAAUAAGUGAAGAACCCACUGUUUAUAAAAAUAAUAAAAGAGGUCUUUAAUAAAUUGGAAGUGUUAGCAAUUUUAUUAGCAUAAGAGAAUAUUGCUAAACUUAGAGUUAUAUCCUAAAAAACUCAAAUAAAAAACCUCAAUAAUUGAUUUUCACUCCAAAAAUUUUAAUUCACUAAGGCGAUGAAAGCCUGGUUUAAUCUCAUAUUGAAGAUUCAAGUUAAAUAGUUGGUAUGAAUGAAAUUUGUUAAUUAACAAGUGAACAUUUCUUCCAUUUAUCAAUCCAUAAAGCUCUUUCAAGUUUGUUUGCCAAUCAAAUAAAAUAUGAGGAAAUAAAUUAAAGAUUACAAAAAAUGGGAGGAUUAAAAUUCAAUUUUCAGAAUAGCUUUAAGCAAAAAAGAUAUAUUAUAUACUGCACCAAAUAACUAAGCAUUAAUAAUAAUUCUUUAUUUUUAAAACUUUGCGAAAUUUUAUCUGCUUUAAAAAUAUAAGUGAUAAUAUUACUUCAAUUUGCUGGAUCUUCCUUUAUUGAAUAGUAACCAGGACAAACAUAUAUUUAUAACAAAAUUGAAGUAUUCAGAGUAUUUUAUAAUGAUUAAUAGAUUGUUAAUUUCUUGAAAAGCUAGAGAAACAAAGUUAAUUUCUACAGUUAUGUAACUCAAAUAUAGCAUUAUUGA